GGUAUUACUGCUUCUAAUGUGUCAAUUAAUUUUGUUUAUGCAGAGACUUUGCAUAUGUGGCAAGAGACAAAGAUACCAGAAUUCUGAAAUGUCAUGUGUUUCGAUGUGACACGCCAGCAAAAGCCAUCGCCACAAGUUUACAUGAAAUCUGCUCAAAGAUUAUGGCUGAACGGAAGAAUGCUAAAGCUGUGGCUUGCAGUUCAAUGCAAGAGAGGACAAACGUCACCCUUGAUGUUCCUCUGCAAGUAGAUUUCCCAACACCAAAGACAGAACUGGUGCAGAAAUUCCACGUCCAGUACCUGGGAAUGCUACCUGUAGCUAAACCUGUGGGAAUGGAUACUCUGAACAGUGCUAUUGAAAGUCUGAUGGCUUCCUCUAGCAAGGAAGACUGGAUGCCAGUUACCAUGAAUGUUGCUGAUGCUACUGUCACGGUCAUCAGUGAAAGAAAUGAAGAGGAAAUCAUGGUGGAAUGUCGUGUGCGGUUUCUGUCCUUUAUGGGAGUGGGCAAGGAUGUUCAUACAUUUGCCUUCAUUAUGGAUACAGGAAACCAGCAUUUUGAGUGCCAUGUGUUUUGGUGUGAACCAAAUGCAGGCAAUGUAUCAGAAGCUGUUCAGGCUGCUUGUAUGUUACGGUAUCAGAAGUGCUUAGUGGCCAGGCCUCCUUCGCAGAAAGUUCGGCCGCCCCCACCACCUGCAGAUUCGGUGACCAGGAGAGUCACAACCAACGUAAAGAGAGGAGUGCUGUCCCUCAUUGACACUUUGAAACAGAAGCGCCCAGUCACUGACAUGCCAUAGCUGCAUAAGAGAGAAGAUUCUCCUAACGUUUAACUGCGGAUAACAGUAGCUACACUAAGGAAGAUGAACUGACGAUGUUUGGCCUUCCAUUCCAGACUGCUGAUGCUUUGUCUUAAGAGAAUUUAUCCAUAUCAAAGCAACGCUAGACAAGCAUGUUCUCUUGUUCUUGCCACCAUCGUGUGAUAUGAAAAGAAGCAUGAAUAAUUUUUUUUGCUGUCAGUGAGUUACAUCUUGAGCAAUGGAAGGUCUGCUUGAUUGUAAAUACAUGAACGUUACCUAAACUCACACAAAGAAAGAAUAUGGCCACGUCCUUCCCAGUGAACUCAUGCUAAGGUCCUUGGAGUGAAUGAUGCUUGAGUUGAUAGUUUCACCAUCUGGAGCUGGAUUUGUCACAAGCCAAUCUUAAAAGUCCUACAGCACUUUGGUUCUCAACACUGGAGUAGAUUCCAAGGAUCAGCUACCACUGAAUUACUGUAGAUUAAAUACCAAGUUUUAUUUUUUACAGAACUAACCUGUUAAUUUUAAAUUGUUUGUCAGCAUUGGUCUGCCUGACAUUCAUGUGAAUCACUGUCAUUUGAUCUCUGUUUGUACAUUACAGUUGUAGAGAGGAAUUGUUUGAUACCAAACCAGUGCUGAAAAAUCCAGAAUUGUUUUCAGUAAUUGAGUACAGGGUGAUCCACUGAAGCUUUUCAUCUUUAAACAUACAGAUGCACAUGUUGGAUGUUAAAUAUGUCGUCUCAAAUUGUCAUUAAUUCAUUGAAAAUACGGUUUGUUCCACAUAGGGCUCAUACUAAUCAGGAAAGAGUUAGUCAGUAAUUUUACUGUCUUAAAACUCUCACAGAAGCAAAAAUGUUACAGACGUUUUCUAUAUGAGCGUUUGAUCAAAUGUUCAAUUCAGCAUCGGGUUGCACAACCUCCCCCCUCAGAGUUUGCUGCUAAAUACUUAAUGUGCCACAAAAAGAACAAUUGUGUUUCUGAUUUUUAACAAAUUUCAUUGACAAUUCUUUUAAUGGUCUGUGACAAAAUAAUGAGAGUUGUUUUCUGACAGGAUGGUGCUUCAAGCGGGGCAACUUCAUUUCACUACUUUUGCUCCAAAGGUCUCCUGUAAUUGCCUUGAUCCACACAUGACUGCACAUUCUGACAAAGUCGGCACAGUAAUGCCCCUUUAAUAUUGUGACUUGUGCUGAUCUUCAAAUGCAGUUGCGCAUCCUUCUCCCUUUGCCAUCUUCUGUUUAGACCCGCAGAUCGGUACAAAUGUUGGAAAAGGAACAUUAAAGAUAUUUUUAACUAAUGUUAAAAAUGUUUUGCCUCCAUUUAUAUAUAUGUUCCAAACUGUAUCUUUCUCCCAAGUCUGCAAAUUUGGUCAUGCUGUAAUUUUAAAAGAACGUUGUCAACAUUGUUUUUACAAGAACUUUUUUUUUUACUUUACUGUGCCAGAGAUUGUUAUAAACAAGAUUGUUAUGAACAAAUAAUUAUUUUUUUCUUAUUUAAAAAAGUCAACAGCAACACCUGGGCAAAACACCUUACAAAUACAAGGGGAAAUAGUGAUGAUUCAAGAAAUGCCUGUGUUGAAAAUAUAGAAGAUCUGUUAAAACAAAUUCAGUCUGUAUGUAUGAGCGAGUGUAAGGGAAGGCUAGCCAUGCAGCUGCGGUAUUCUAAAUGGAGCUCUCUAGAAUACCCUCUAAGGAGCUGAUCCUCCACUGUGUUCAAGAAACAUUUAGAUGUUAUACUGAGGGACAUGGUUUAGUGGGAAAUAUUGUUGAUAGGUUGAUGGUUGGACUGGAUGAUCUUAGAGGUCUUUUCCAACUUCGGUGAUUCUAUGAUUCUAUGAUCUCAAACCUCUGCAUAAUAGAUUUUCUGCACCCAGGGCAGUGAAGCAAUUCUGUCCCAUCCCAAGUCUCACAUUCCUGUGGCCUCCUUUGGACCAGCUCCAUUGCUUGUGCAGUUGGAGAAGUCCAAUCUGCGUAACGUGAGUAAACUCCGAAAUAGAGACAUCAGCUAGGCCUCUGAAUUUAACCCAGCUGGCCACGUGGCUGUGCAGAUGACAGGAAGAGCAAGAGGGGAGGGGAGGCAAACCACCUCCCCUUUCAGCAGUCGCAACCUUUAAACUGACUGUGAAGCCAGACUUCAAAGCAUGGAGAUGACAGCUUGUGUACUGGCUUAUUCCUGUUUCUCCAGUUUCCAGUACUGAUCCCAGUUAAGUCUGACAGGAACAGUGUAAAAAAAAAAAAAAAUCACUUCUUCUCGUGACUGCUAUAAAAUGUGGUGGCUCACAAUAUGUCAUUAAGCGAGAUCAUGAAUUUGAAGGAUGUUUCCUUAUUCAUCAUAAGACUACUGAAUCAAACUUUGUUUUACAUACCAAAAAUAUUUUGACAGUAAAAACUCCAGUAAUAAUAUAAUCAAGUAAUAGUGUAAUCAAGCUCAGCAGUUUUAUCCACACAGUACUGCUUUUCCCCAAGAGAGACGCAGACCAUGUUUAAACCAAACCAACACUUGGGAAACAGCAGUGUAAAGGUGAGAACCUGUGUCAGGAGGCUUUACACAUCUGUGUUGCCAAGGCUCUGAACACAGAGUUUUCACCGGCAAAAUGUGCAACUGCAGGAAGGGCUGAGGGAAAAGAGAGAGAAAGGUAUUUGAAAAACUGUAUGUCCCCUGAAUUUCUUGUCUGUUACCAAAAUGCUGUUGAUUUUGCAAAUAUUUAAGUAGCGUGCUUAAUGGGCUGAAUGUAUUUGGCCUUUUUGCUGCAGUAGUAUUCCUGAGUUUCUAAAAUGUUAAAUAUACACCCAGGUGUUUGCAGAAUCAACACCUAAAAUUGCAAAGCUCGUUGUAUUCUUUUGUCAAACGACAUAAUGAGAUCCUCUUUUACAAUGGCCAAAAAUGUAUGUGUGGCAUACGCGUGUCCGAAUAACUACCACUGUUUUAUUUGAUGUUAUAGCAACCCUUCAGUUAUCUAUGCAUUUUUUAUAAUACCUAGCGAUUCUGUAAGCGGGCUGCCAUGUGUUCACUACGCCUUGUAUGUCUGAUGCCAUAUUUUAAAUUAACCUGUUAAAUACAGCUUGAAAUAUUUUUAUUUUAUUUAUUCUAUUUUUACUGAAAUAUCCUGCGUUAUUAUGUCGAUGUAUUGUCUUUACUGGACGUGAUCUUGUAACAUUCUCUACUCUGUAUACUAUAGGUUGCCUUAAAAAGGCAACUUUGUAAUUAUUUGUAGUCACAUUUUUAUUGAAGUCUGUAGAAAAAUCAUGUAAAGCGAAGCUAAUUUCUUAUUUUUUUCAAUGCAAGUAGUAAACUAGAGGUAAGUAUCACGCAUCAGUCACGUCAUUAAUGUGCUCCCUUGCAGAAGCAAGGAGAUUUAUAUUCAUGAUUGAAAAUGAGAGAUAAAAGCCUUUCUUUGGAAAUCCACAGUGCUGGCUGUAGGUUUUCUUUAAGACACUUACUGUUUGUUUCACUUGAAGGGGAGAAAAGGGGUGUGGGAGUAGAAGGCUACAGAGACAGCCUAUGGGGACUUUGAAUAGAAAUAACAAAAAUUGCAUGGAAGAGGCAUAGAACCCACUCACAGUGAAAUGUGGUAAACAUUGUGCGUGGAGACACCUGUGCCUAUUGAGGUAACAUGCCCUUCUGUGACAAGAAGAAAAGCUGUGGAGUGUCUGACAGCUUAUGCUGGGUCUGUGUCAUUUCCUAAGAGUUCUGCAUCCCUUUGGGUUUUUGUUUUUUUUUUUUUUUUAAUUUUAUCAAGUAUUUCAUAGAUUAUUAUUUUACUAGGGCUGUAAAAUUGUUAGUAAAGCACCCGUGCUAAACAGUGCUUUUUUAUUUCAGCAGCUUAUGUGGGUUCAGCCUUUAAUGCCAUUAUUCCUUCAUUAGGCAAGUUAAUUCAUACAUUGCUAAAAACUUGUGCUGCACAGUCAGCAAAAGUAGGUUGGAUUUAUUUGGACAUACACCCACUGUUUAUUAGCAGAGCUCAGUCUUGCAUAGAGCACCCAAUUGAUGCUGACAAGGGCAAUUUUCCCUGCUGUUGUCCACUUCUACACAUUUAAAUGUAAUCUGUUCUGAGAAUAAAUUUAGCUGCAUAAAA